GUAAACUCGAUAAAAAAGAUAGCUCAUCUUUUUUUGAGGCGAAGGAUUAAUUUGGGCUAGCUGUUCUACCUGUAUCACCUCCUGAGUGGUUCCCGGCACUUGAGUAGUUCACCGGUUGCUUCCGACCGGUCUAGAAAAAGGUGCGCGCUGGUUCCGUGGCAACUCAAACGUCCCAGAGAGGAUCCGGGAAUUAGGAAUGAGAGGUACCUACCACAUGCACGAAAUUCUCCAAAUGAGGGGCCCGCGUGGCAAAAUCCAAAAUCCCAUCUACCCCAGCAUGGGAUUCUUGAAGAUGCCGCUCCCCCUUCGAGGACAAUCCAUACAAUACAUACGCCCCUUGUCCAUUUAAAUCUAGUUCCCCCUACAUACUACCGGCUCUCUGUAAACCUUCUACUACUACCGGAGGUAUUAUGGCUUUUGCCCCUUUUUUCUAAUCACCAUCGCAACCAUGGCUGGAAAGCCGUCACUGAACUCGUUACCGUACGAGGUACGCCAAACGAUAUAUUCUCUUGUGGCGCGGCAGACUAACUCUUACGGCUGGCGAAAAGGGCCAGCCCCGUCCAUCGCGCAUUACGCAACGGUGUCCAGGGAGUGGCAGGAGGAAUUCGUCGAACCCAUCACCUUCAAGGUCAUCCACGUGACCCCGAAGCGGCUCAAGUCCUUCUGCCAGAUCGUCACUUCGCCGCGGCGCAGGGCGGUCGUGCAGACCAUCUGCUUCCACGUCUCGCUCGACAAGUACGAACCCCACCUCGACGACGAGCAGGAAACCUCCGCGGAGAGGCACCGGAGCACCGAGAUCCUAACCGCGGCUCUAGGGACUUUCUUCAGGGUGAUGACAAAGUGGGAGAAGAGCGAUACGUCCCCCCUCGGCCUCGAUCUUCACCUUCUCGUCGACUCGCCGAGCGAUACGUCGACUUUGGUCGGUAGGAACGGGGGACCCCUCGUGACAGGGAGGGCUCUGACGUCGUACCUGAAACUCGACCUCGAGGCUGUCUCGCUGCCGCAUAUCGACAUCUUCAGCGGCUUCCGGUGCACGGGGAGACACCUGCAACCGACGUCUGUCCUAGCUAUCGUGUCUAAGCUCCAGACGUUGGAGUAUUUAGACGUCGAGCUUAACCAUGACUCGAUACGCCACCGAGAUGUCAAACAGAGAAACAGCUUCGCUCUGGGCCUCCAAUACGCCGAAACAGUGCGAGUCCUCAGCCUGCGGCGGCCAAGCCCGAUGCUGACGCCGGUCCCCGCGCCGCUGAAGCAGCCGUGGUCGUCCUUCCACGCGCACAUGCGGGCGUUCAGCCAGCAGUGCGAGUCGUUCGAGUUCGACGACUGCGUCGACGCGGUGCAGUUCUUCACGCCGUUCAUCCUGGGCCCGGGGAUGAUGCCGGCCGAGGCGGCGCCGCCCAAGAGCCAGGAGGCGCCGUUCUGGGCCCGCCUGAAGCGGCUGAACAUCCGCAACUCGUACAUGAUGAAGGCGCCGUACCUGCGCGUCGCCAGCCGCGUCGAGGCCCUCGCCUCCGUGCACAACGUCCUCGUCGCUGUCGGCCGCGCCGCCCGCCGCAUGCCGGGGCUGCUGUUCGCCCGCGUCUGCCAGUACGUGCUUACGGACGGCCAGCUCGAGUGGUUCGUGCUCACGUACGAGUUCCACUCGGGGAAGGCGGUGGUGCGUACCAAGGGGUUCGUGCCGGGGAGAUUGAUGGUUACCGCUUGGAGGGAUUCCGCGGCGGAUAAGGGGAUUAAGCUUUUGAUUCACCACGAUAAGAAUGGUACCAAUGCCCCCGAGCUCUGAAUGAUUGCUUUUUAGCUAUUAGCGUGUCGUCGGGAAAUUGGGAAUUGGGAAUUGUUCAUAAAGGUAGGUAGCGAGGAGUUAGUUGUGAGAGAGGGACAGGUACUUGUCUAUGCCUUCCUCUCUAUUGCAUGUUGCAUAGUCUUCGGAUUUUCGCUUGGUCGAUGAAAUGGAACUGUACCAUCGAACGUACCUAGAAGUAACUGUCUCAACCUAGGUCUCAGGCUGUAUAUUUAGGUGUUUAGCUUGGACAUUGAAGAAUCCCAAGGUUGAAUGAAAUACGAGGAAAGUGAAUCGCGAUAUAAUCUAUUCCUCCCGACUCCCGUCUAAGUAGAGUCUUAC